CGUCUACACUAAAGCUAACAGCAAGUCCUCAUUCUAUCUGUGGAAUUGGAGCUGUUGACAAAAGCGUCCACAUAUUAAGUUCAGAUAAUCGUAUAACUGAAGAGGAGGUUUUCAACAAACUCGGAGGCCAUGAUUAUUAUUGGCCAAGACAGGUUACACCAGACUACAAGUAUUGUGAGGAUUACAAAUUCAAACAAUCUGAAGGUGAACAUGGGGGAUCCUUUUCAUCAGGUUUUACUUCAACUAAUUAUUUAGAUUCCAUCGCUGCUUUUGAUGAAGCUGGCCUUGUAGUGAUCAGUGAUAUGGAACUGGAAACCCGCCCUUGUAAACCAUCAGGUUUUGAAGAUGGUGGAAGACCAUGUCCCCAAUUUGAUGAAGUACAUAUUCCUAUGGCUUAUGGUGCUUCAAAAGUUAAAGCAGGAGCAUCAGGAUAUAAAAGUGGUUCAGUUGGUGGCAUAAGAAAAAAAACUAAAAAGCCAGGUGUAGAAAUAAGGACUUAUUUUCCAGAAACAUGGCUCUGGGAAGUACAGAAUAUUGGAGCCACUGGAAAACUAAGUUUGAAGCAUCAUAUUCCACAUACAAUCACAGAAUGGGUUGGCAGUGCUAUCUGUAUCAGUGAAGAGACAGGCUUAGGAGUUUCAGAGGCAGCAACUGUUAAAGGAUUCCAGCCAUUCUUUGUCAGCUUUACCCUUCCAUACUCUGUGAUUCGAGGAGAGAAAGUUCCUAUCAUUGUGACAGUCUUCAAUUACCUUAGUGACUGCUUACCAAUCAAGUUGUCAUUGGAGCAAAGCGAUACGUUUGAAAUGCAAAAUGAUACCAAUUCUUAUACCAGUUGUGUAUGUGGAGGAAAAAGUGACACAACUCGUUGGAUGAUUAAACCAAGAUCUCUUGGCCAAGUAAAUCUGACUGUGUAUGGUACUUCACUGCCUAAUGAGGCAAUUUGUGGUAAUCAAGAUUAUUCUACAGUCACAGCACGUGAUGCAGCAACAAGACAGUUGUUGGUGGAGCCUGAAGGAUUUCCAAAAGAAGACACUUGGAGUACCUUUGCUUGUCCUAAAGACCAAAAUGGAAAGUUUACUGCUACUUCAGACCUUCUCUUACCUGAAGAUUUAGUAGAGGGCUCUGCUAGAGGAUAUGUAUCUAUAACAGGAGACCUCAUGGGGCCAGCAAUAAAAAAUCUCGAUCAUCUGGUACGAUUACCAACUGGUUGUGGUGAACAAAACAUGAUCAAGUUUGUUCCUAACAUAUUCGUGUUAGAUUACCUAACAGCAACUGGGAGUAUAACUGAUUCAAUAAAAGAAAAGGCCCUGAACAACAUGAGGAAAGGAUAUGCUCGACAACAGAACUAUCGCCACCCAGAUGGAUCUUACAGUGCAUUUGGAAACCGUGACAAACAGGGAAACCUAUUUCUGACAACCUUUGUAUACCGCUCAUUUGCCCAAGCUGAUCAUUUCAUCCUGAUUAAUAAAAAUAAACUUGACAUAACUAAAAAUUGGAUCUUGAAUAGACAGCAAUCUAAUGGUUGUUUCAGAAAAAUUGGAAAGCUUUUCAACAGUGCAUUAAAGGGUGGAAUAAGCUCCAAUGAUGAAACUCCUGCACCUCUCACUGCUUAUGUAUUAAUUUCACUUUUGGAAGCAGGUUACAAAAAUGAAACUGUUAUCAAUCAAGGUGUGAGAUGUCUCAAUGCAUUAUCUAAUCCAAGUACCUAUUCCCUUGCCCUGUUUGCAUAUGCAACUUCACUUGCAGGCCAUCCAUCAGCAAAGGACUACCUAGCAAAACUGGAAGAGAGAGCAAUUACUGAAGGUGGUAAAACUUUCUGGAAAUCUCCAUCUAGUAGUCCUUAUUACUGGGGAAAUUCUAUUGGUGUGGAGAUAGCUGGUUAUGCUGUUCUAACACUUUUACAGCAUGGAGGUGCUUCAAACGUGGCCAAAGCUACUCCUAUUAUUCGUUGGUUGGCUAAACAACAAAACUAUCGAGGUGGCUUUUAUUCAACUCAGGAUACUGUUAUUGCUUUACAAGCUAUGGCCAAGUUUGCUACAUUUAUUUACAAAGAUGAGUUAAACUUGGAAGUAGGAGUUGAAACUAGUGGAUUUCAAAAGAAGAUCAUGCUUACAAAAGAUAACAGUAUCUUAAUGCAGACUUUCCGUCUACCAACUGUCCCCAGUCCAGUGGAUUUUAAGGCUACAGGAAGUGGUUGUGGUCUUGUACAAACAUCCCUUCGUUACAAUGUUAACACACCACCUCCAAGAGAAGGAUUUCAUCUGGACAUUACUGCAAAGAAGGGACUGUACCGUGACUGUAAUAAUGCUCGCAUUGCUACCUGUGUAAAGUAUGAUGGUAAAGGUGGUGUAUCAAACAUGGCCGUACUGGAGAUGAAGAUGGUUUCUGGAUGGAUACCUGAUGAAGAAAGCAUUAAAAACAUUGUGGAUAGAGCUGAGCUAAAUUUACGUCGUUAUGAGGUGGAUGGAAAUCAACUAAACUUGUACUUUUCAGAGCUUACAGAGCAGAAGCAGUGCUUUAACUUUUGGCUUGAGCAAGAUAUUGAGGUCCAAGAAACGAAACCAGCUACCAUCCGGUUGUACGAUUAUUAUGAACUAGAACAAGAAGUUGUAACCUCUUACUCCAUCGAUGAGAACUGUGAAAAGCUUCCUCCUCUUCCAUGAGAUUGUAAUACCAGUAGGUGAACAAAGGUUGUUGCACAGUUGUGUGUUUUUGUUCGGAUCUGUUUGCGAAUUUAUUAAUAAAAGUAUAUCCUUCCUAAAUUGGGUGAAGAUGCAAUAACUUUCUGAAGAAUUCAUUAUUAAUCUUAAAAAGUAAUGUAACGAUUUUAUUAACAUGUAACAGUUUUAGUUUUGAUAACUUUAAUGAACUGCUUGCUGAAAGAAAAGGAGACAAUGUUUUCACUUCUAUACUCUGUUCUUCUUUAGGUUGUCAGGAAGAACUUGGUAUAGAAACUGAAACAUUGUCUCUUUUUCUUUCAACAGGCAGUUGCAAUCCGUUCAAAUUCCUAAAACUAAUAUGUCUACUUUGCCUAAAAUUCCACCAAAACAACAUGUAAUAUUAUUUUUACUAUUUGUUAUGAAGCUUGCUAUGUAU